AUGAAAGCUUUAAUUCAUUUAAUAUUGCUUUGCUUAAAUAUUAAAAUUUUUAUUUGCACAAAUAAAACUUUUAAUCAAACAUAAAGAAUUUUGGGAGAUUCUUUUCAUUAAUAAGAGACAUGCCUUUAUGCUUUUUUAGAUUCAAGAUCAUCUAGUACUAGAAUUAGAUUGUAUUAAUCAUAAUGCAGAAGAUUCUCUUCGAUACCUGAUAUUUAACCUCUUAUUCCUAUUAAUUCAGGAGGAUAAAUAAUAUUUCCUGAAAGGAUAUAAAUUGAUAACUAAAAUAUUCCUCUUACUUCUAUUCCUGAAAACGAAAAAGAUUUUGGUGAUUAUUUCAGAAUCGCAUUUAACAUAAUAAGUUAAAUGAAGUAAUUUUACGGCUUCAAUAAUAAUGUUAAGCCUUUCUUAUUUUUCAAAGCUUCUUCAAGUCUAAGAUUAUUGGAAUAGCAAUAAUAAGAAAAGGUUUUGAAUCUUGUCAGAAAUAUAUUUAGAAAAUAAAAAAACUUCUAUUUCUUAGAGGAUUCUUGGGUUGGAAUUGUUUCAAGAGAAGAUGAAAUUUAAUUUUUAUGGCUUUCGGUGAACUAUGCUUUUUAAAAAAUAAGGUCUUAAGCUAUAGAGUCAUUCAGUAUUUCAAACACUCUAGCAGUCAUUGAAAUAGGUAGUGCGUAUUCAUAAAUUGCUUCUUCUAGUUUCUAAGACUAUAAUAGAUUUUUAGAUCUACCUUAAAAAACAAGAAUACAGAUUUAUUCUAAUAUAUUUUUGGGAUAUGGAAUUGAUUAAGUUAUAAAGUCAAUAUUAGUAUAAGAAAACUAUGAAAGUUGCUUCUAAAAAACUGAUGGUUUCACUCAAGCAUUAAUCAAUUAGCAUGGGUUUCCUGUCUAAGUAGAUGGCAAUUACGAUUUUGAUAAUUGUACCAACGUUCUGCUAAAUUUUAUGAGAAUAGAUAAUUGUAAGUACCCAAGAUUUGGUAAAUUAUAAGACUGUAGCUCUUUCUCCAAAAUGAAGCAGCUCUCUGACUAACAAGAAGUUGUAGGGCUUAGCUCCAUUUAUUUUGCUAAAGAAAAACUGUAUCAAAAACUUAAAUUAUAAGGUGAUACAUUCUCAUUAAAAGACUUUAGAAAAUAAGUGAAAUAAUUUUGUUCUUUUACUCUUACAAGGAAAGAAUUCUAAUAAAAUAGUGGGUCAUUUACUAAUUGUAUAGAAAUGAUGUGGAUCAGUACAUUUUUAAUAGAUGGUUUAGGGCUCUUAAAUAGUAAAAUGACAUCUGUUUAUUAUUAAAAGUUUUUUAGUUUAGAUUGGCCUCUAGGAUCUUUACUAUAUGAUAUCAGUAAGAUCUAAUGUGAUUACCUUGAUACAAAUUAAUGUACUAAUUAAGUUCUAUUAAAUGAUAUAUUUAAUAUCUAAAAUACAAAUUAUAUCUCCAAAUUUAAUCAUUCUUAUAUGAUUAAUUCAUUUUAUAUAAUACUUAGCUUUUUAGUAUUUAAUUUAUUAAUUUGA